GUGAUUUGUGAAGUUUAAAUUUUUAUUCUGUUAUAAUUUCUCAUAUAUUUUUAUUUAAUAAUAAUAAAAUUUAUACGUAAGACAAGACAAGGGUAUGGUCAAUGGUGUACAGACUUUAGCCUGGCCGUAAGGCGAAUAAUAGUAAUAAAAGAUUAAAGAAUAUUAAUAAUAUACUAUUAUAUUUUGAUCGGCGGUUUUCAUUUUUCUUGAUGCUGACUUUGUGUCAUAAUUACUUUUGCGUUUCGAAUAGUAAUAAAACCAGCAAAAAUGAGGGACAAGUGUUUAGUAGAAGAAAAUAUGCAUUUGGUAUUUUUAUUCUAUUACUGGUUGCUGUUUUAUGGGUAAUUUCUUCAGAAUUAACUAAGUACAUAUAUAUUGAGAAGAAAUUGGAGAGACCUUUCCUUGUAACCUAUGUGAGAAGUUCGUUAUUAUUUAUAUAUCUCUUAGUACUGUGUUUUACUCCACCUACAAAGGAUCCAUGCCGACCAGCUGAAUACACACAACUGACAGAAGCAGUAAAUGAAACUGAUGAUGAGUUUAGUGAGGCAACAAAUAGUUUGGGUGACUCAACAUUUGUGCCAGUCCGUGCAGGAGAAACAACAGAUAGUGAUGAUGCAGCCCCAAGAGCCGUCAGAUUCAACAAAGUAGCUGAGGUGCGAGUUAUGUCAGCCGCGAUGGCCGGUGAGGCAUUACUCGCCCGUCUUUCGUGGUCGGCUUCUCUUCGCGCCUCAGAGUUUGCCCAAAGACGUGCCGCGGCAGCAGCCACUCGACGACAUAUACGUCUCGCACUUAUAUUUACGAUACCUUGGUUCAUAUCAAAUUAUCUAUAUCGGCUUAGCUUGCUCCAUACGUCGACAUGCUCCGCGACAAUUUACACGUCAACAACAAGUGCAUUUGCGCUAUCACUUGGCGCUUUAUUCGCCCAAGCGCCAACCGACAGAUUCAGCUUCUCGAAAUUUCUCUCAGUUUUACUCACCGUAGGUGGAAUGGUGGUGAUGGUUUUAUCGGAAAGCCAUAAGAAUAAUUGGACUGCGAUACUAUCGGCUCUUGGCUCGGCACUUUGUUACGCAGUACAUUUGCUAUUGUUUCGACGGGAAUUGAGGAAAGGGGAUGGAAUUAAUUCUUUCUUACUUGUUGGUAUAGUCGGCUGUGUUUGCGGUUGUCUUAUUUGGACAUUUGGCGGUGUACUGGCACUCACGGGAGUUGAGAAGGCGGAACUGCCCUCUCCUCGUCUCUGGAGCUGGUUGUUGCUGGAUGCUGCUCUUAGUCCUUUGCUAAUGGAGUCAUUGUGGCUUUGGGGUAAAUCACUAACAUCAUCGCGCACAGCAACAAGCGUGUUGAGUGCGACCGUUGUGAUGUGUGCGUGCCUUGAGGCGUGGCGGGGCGAGGGGGGCGUGGUGCGAUCGUGUGCGGCCGUACUGGCCACGUGCGGCUGGUUCUGCGCUGGGCUGGAUAGGAGCGGUCUACCCGCGCCGGCCGCUAGACUACUAAUCAGACUUCGGCCGACCGAUCGGCUCACGACGAUACGCAGCAUUUCCGAUUUGGAUGAACAGUCAGAGGCGCUGAUAUCAGAUGAUCCGACGUAACACGAUAAUUUUAAUGUAUAGAAUAAUAUUUUUGACACAGCACUGAGUUUGCUGAAGCCACCUUUUGCGAUUGUUUCACUUAAAGUAAUCAUCACAUACCAUUUUUGUGUUUCACUCCGCGCUUUUGCUUUGUACUAAAAAAACAUGACUAUACACAAUGUCUAAGUAUCUCAUAUUGUUUCGUAAAGAAUGGCGAGUUAAUUUAAGUGAAACGGAACGCAAAUACUAGUCUAUGUUGUAGCAUUUAUUGACGUUUAAGUAUUAAUAUUCUUCGUAACAUUCCAUAAAAAAAAACUAUUUUUGUAAAUACCUUAUUUAUCAAAACUUCAAAACUUUAGAAAAAUCAUGGCAACAUUGAGAAUAACUCUCGUCUUCAGUUUUCUUCAAGUGUAUUUAUUGUUCUGUUGCAUCUUCCUGGGAUUUAAACGAAUUGUAAUUAGUAUGAGUGUUAAUUUUGCCUUUUUGUGUGACGUUUUUUUAUACACAAAGAUAAUCUAUAGUCCAAAGUAUUUUUGUGAACCUUCAAAAAAGUUUGGGUAUCAAUUUUGUGAUCUUUCGAAUUUAUAGAUACAAUAAAAUGUUUCCUAGACUUGUGAAUACAUGUAAUUAAUAGGUAAGUAAGUUUUGUGUUGUUCCACUAAACCAACUCUAGAUGUCUCGCUCAUGGUCUUCGCGACGACUAACAAAAUUUUAAACUUGUAUAUCUCAAAUGUGAAGUCCAAGCAAGCUGAGCAGCUCAUAGCAUUGUUUCCCAUUUUUUUUGUGCCAUGCAAUUUACUACAAUUCUUAUGCAUAUAUACAAUUAUUUAUCAUAAAUACCUUUUAAAUUAGAAAAUCAUAAAUGGUUCCUAUCAUAUUUUCCCUUUAUAGAAAGAAAUUACUAGGAAAUUGUUGUAAUUUCUAAUUCCAAAUGAUUUUAAUACAUUUUCGAACAGCCUUCACACAAUCCAAUUGUCCCCUUUUGGGGCGUGGGCCCACGUUGGGAAACACUGCUCUGUAAAUUCUUAAGUUACUUAAUUACUGGAUUUUAUAUAUUUUCGUCACAUCGUGUUUAAGUUUAGCCAAUGUUGUAAUUAUUAGUUAAUCUCAUUACUGAGUUAGUGCAAUGCUAUUUUCGAAAUAUGCCUUUCUUCGAGCUUCAUUUAAUUUUCAGGACUUUCUUAGGUUAUUGGGGCUAAUUUUGGUGUACUGAACUAGUUUUACUUAUGUUAACGACGUAUAAAAUAAUAAUUUGUGAAAUAAAGAAAAUAAUAUUUUUUAAAAAUACAUCCGGCUCGAAGGACCAAUAUACCUUUUGUAAUAUGGCCCACGGACAAGAAUUUUUAACAAUAUGAAAGAUUGUUAAUUCCGAUACCAUUGAUCCGAAGCAAAAUUGUAGUCCUAGUUCAUUACAUUAUUUUUUUAAUAAUGAAUUAUUCAACUUUUUUAGCCUAGCUCGUAACCAUCAAAAUUAGCACAGCUCAAAGCCGCCUCGGGACUUCUUAGUGUUUAAGUUUGUACUUUAUACAUAUGUAUUUUUAUUGGUUGGGAGAAAUAAUUUUGUUUAAAAAAUCAUAUAAAAUAACUAUUUUAAUAUAAUGUAAGAUCAGUAUUGUGGUAUGUAUAUAAGAUUUCUGUAAAUAAACCGUAUUUUCUAUUAUUUAGAAAUGCAGAUGAUGGAAUGUUUUAAAAUAAGUAUGGCUUUGAUAAUAUGUUUCAUGCCUGGAAUAAUAUUAAAUUAUAUGAAAAGAUCUUUGAACGUUGAAUGAUCUCUGGUAGGCCUAAAGUUACCAAAUCGUUGGCCUCCAUCAUCUGUGGGAAGAUAGUCUUUAUAUUAAUCUUGUUUACAGUAUCUGUUGCACAAUCUUUAGAUGCAAUUGUUUAUGUUAAACUGAAUGUACCUAAUAAAUAAACAGCUUUGA